AUGCCUGUCGUUUUGAUUUCCCCAGCCCAAGCGAGCUCUGACGAAUACUUUAUACUUUCCACGGCUGGGUCCCACACCGGACAGUGGCUAUGUAAACUCUGUACCGGUCGCAUGUUCAAGGACAAGAUCAGACACAGCAAGUUGAAAACUCACGUUGACCGAGUCCGACUUGAGCUGGAAAGAAUCGCGGCAGCUGAGCCGGCCGCGGCACCACCUGGUUUAGGCCCUCGAUCCCCUCUCGGGAACAGGCAAACAUUAUUGGCUGCCCCAAUGUUUCCCGAGGACGAUCCCGUCGAAGAAGUUGCGGAAGAUCAAAAUGCCCACAAUCAAAACGCUAUGGAUAUUUUUCAGGACGGCGUCGAUUCUAGCUCGGACGGCCUGGAAUCCCUCUAUGAUCCAUCACAUCCAAUCAAACUCGGCUGCACCUCUGGAGAGUCUAGUGUCGACUUGGAGGAAAUGCUUGACGGUUCCGAUUCACCAGGCUGCAGUUCACAGGCAGUUGAACCCAAACAGGCGGCCACAGACACGUGGCUUCCGUGGUACCCUUUACAAAAGGCAGAGGUUGUCCGAGUCCCUCAGUUACUUAUUCCGUGA